AUGCCUUCAUUCGCCCACCUCACGGCGGCGCUCGCGUUUGCCAGCACUGUUGUUGCCACUCCCGUUCUGCACAAGGGAAACUCCUUCUCGGUCGAGCAAGUUCCUCGCUCUACCUACCUGAAGAACGGACCCGAGCAGAAGAUCAAGGCCCUCCGCAAGCACGGCAAGGCUGUUCCCCAAAGCCUUGUUGAGGCUGCACAGAACAGGGCUAGCAACACUGUUGUUGCCGCUGCUGCUGCCAGUGGAUCAGUGCCUGCCGCUCCCAAUGACGCAUAUGACUCGGCAUACCUGAGCCCGGUCACUAUUGGCAGCACCACUGUCCACCUUGACUUCGACACCGGAAGCGCUGACUUGUGGGUCUUCUCGUCUCUCCAGGCCAGCUCCCAGACCGCCGGCCACGACUACUACAAGGUCGAUGCCUCCAAGGUCAAGAGCGGCUACUCCUGGAAGAUCUCCUACGGCGAUGGCUCCGGUGCCUCCGGCAAGGUCUACGCCGACAAGGUCACCGUCGGCGGCGUGACAGCCACGAGCCAAGCGGUCGAGGCUGCCACCUCCGUCUCCGCGCAAUUUUCACAAGACGUCGACACGGACGGUCUGCUCGGCCUGGCCAUGUCCACCAUCAACACAGUACAACCCCAGCAGCAAAAGACCUUCUUCGACACCGUCAAGUCGCAGCUCGCGUCGCCUCUCUUCGCCGUCCAACUCAAGUACCACGCCGCCGGCACCUACGACUUCGGCUACAUCGACAAGAGCAAGUACACCGGCCCCAUCACCUACGUCAACGCCGACGACAGCCAAGGUUUCUGGGGCUUCAGCGCCUCCGCCUACAGCGUCGGCACCACCACCACCACCAAGACCGUCUCCGGUAUCCUCGACACCGGCACAACCCUCAUCUACACCGACCCCGCCAUCGUCAAGGCCUACUACGCCAAGGUCAGUGGAGCCAAGAACGAUGCUACACAGGGUGGUUACAUCUUCCCCUGCACUGCUACCCUCCCUGAUUUCUCCAUCACCGUCGGUGGCGUCAAGCAGACUGUUCCUGGUAAAUACGUCAACUACGCCCCUCUCGAUGAUGGUACUGGUGCUUGCUUCGGUGGUAUCCAGACUGAUGACGGUAUUGGCUUUAGCAUCUUCGGUGACAUCUUCCUUAAGAGCAAGUACAUUGUUCACGAGAUGGGUAGCUCUGGACCUAGACUGGGUUUCGCGCAGCAGGCUGGUAUUUAG